AUGGAAAUAGAAGAAGAAUAAAAGUAAAGCCAAGAAAUAUAAACCAAUGAUAAAAAUGAAGAAUAAGCAAAAAUUAUUGCCAAAUAAAAAAAAAAGCUAAAGAAACAAAAAAAGGAAUAAAUGGCUUUGUAAUAAUUUAGUUAUAGAAAUUUGAUGGUUAAAGAUUUAAGCUAUGAGAAGAAAAUAUUUUUAUAUACAGAUUUAGUAGUUGAUUUGAAUUUAUUCACAAAUGAUUAAUUUGGUCGAUCAGAUAAAUUUGAUGCGAUAAGCUGUUGGAGACCUCCAGUUAAAAUAGAAUAAGAAAAUAAUAUAAUUCAUAUUAGUUUAGAUACUUCAGUGGAUGGAUUAGUAAAUUUUGAUUAAAUAUCUGAUAUUCUAAAUAGCAUUCCUAACUAGGAUGCUCAUGAAAUAAGCAAAUAUAUCUAGCAAUAUAAUUUCUUUCUAUAGAAAUAUUUUGAAAAAAAUAGGGAUUUACAAUAUAUAUUUAACCUUAUCUGUCAAGAUAAGCACAAUAAUUACACUUUAUAGGAUUACUUUGAAGAGAUUAUAUAAAAGUAAAUGAUUAAAUCUAAAGAUUUUGUCAAUUCUUGCUAUAAGCAAAACAAAUACAUUUCAUACAUGAUAAAAACUAGAAAGAGAAAUAAUAAGGUGAUAACAAAAUAUGGGUAUUCAUUAGAUUUGCUUUAACUGUUAGGCAUAAAUAAAGAUAAUAUGUUUAGGAUCCUUUAUUAAAAUGGUCCUCUACAGUAUUUUUCAAGCUAAGAUAAAAUAAAAAGGAUGAAGGAAAGCUUAUUCCAAAGAAUAAACCAACUAGAAGCUUUUCAUCAAGAUAAAGAGGAAAAAAAAUUAUUAGAUUAAACAAUAAUUACUUUUGAUGAUUUGUAAUUCAAGUGUGAUAUUACCAUGAUAAAAGAUAACAUGUCAAAACAUGAAAACUUUUAUGUGCAGCAAGUUUUUAUGAUAUAGGUAGCCUUAUAUGAUAUAAGCGAAGAGGUAGUCCAGUAAAUAUAAAAUAUUCGUCAAUUAAACCCAAAUAAAUAAUAAUUAUAAGACGAGCUCAAAGAAUUGUAUUAGGGUUUAGAAUACGAAACUCAAUCAGAAAUAUUUAUGUCAAAAUUUUAUAAUAUUUGA